AGUCUAUCUUGUCUUCUUAGACUGUUAUGUCAAAGAAUGAGCCCGGAACGGAGCUUGUUGUUCGACACCUUCCAACAGACCUUACCGAGGCAUCAUUCAGAGAGCGCAUUUCCGAUUUUUCAGGUGCUAUUGACAAUUUGAUUUAUUUUUCUGGGAAAAAGCAUGCUGGCGUUUAUAUUCACUCGCGUGCAUAUAUAAAUUUCAAAUCAGUUGAAGAACUUUUUAGUUUUGCGCAAAAUUUUGAUCAGUAUGCAUUUACUAAUUCAGCGACAGGAAAAUCCUUUCCAUGCGGCAUCGAAUUUGCUCCUUAUCAACAUGUCAGAAGCAGGCAGCACUUGGUUGAAUGGCUUUCCUCUAACUCUCAUACCAAUAAUCAACAAGAAACUCUCAAAACAGGAGCAGAUCCAUUGCACAAUACCCUCGAUAGAGAUCUGGAUUAUUUGCUCUUUCUAGAACAACUCAAUUCUUCUUCGCUCCCCAAUCCAGAAGAACAAAAAAUUGAAGAAGAUAAUUCCAAAUUAACGCCUUUGGUCGAAGAAAUGAAACAACUAGCCAUCACAAAAGCUAAGUCACUUCAAGUUAAAAACAACGAUCUAGAAAAGCAUCAGAAAACGUCCUCAAGCAGUCCAUCCAGAUCUCAUCAACCCUCAUUUCCGCAAAGGAAAAGAAACAAGAAAAAAGAGGUUUCGCGCAAAUCCCCUUCAGAGACAGGACCUAAAGAUGUCAACACUUCCACUGCAAAACAAAAGGUCCAAAAAAAGGGUAAAGAGAAUAAAUCUCGAAAGUCAGCCGCCAAACGCACCAAUGCAGUAACAGAUAAAAAAGCCAACUCUAAAUCGAAGGAACGAAAAACGAAAGAAAAGGUCUUGAGACCUAAGAAACAACCGGAAUCAAAAAUAUGAUCGCUUCGCUCUAUUAUCGGUCUGCUCCGCGUGAGAUGUGCCAAAAAAUUAUCUUUUGACCAAAGCAACUGCUGGCACGCUUUUAUGUGUAGAAAGAACUGUAUAACAGCCUUUUCUUAACGACUCUAUUAGUUCUUUUGUGCAUUAGUGAAAAAAUAUGGACUGGUUCAAAAGCGACUGUCAUAAAUCCUUCAGUUUCUCUUACACCAGAAAAAAGCAUGGGUUCAUAUAUUUUCUUCAUCUCCGCUCAGCCAUCCUACUAAUACUGAUAAGAUGAAAACUAGGCACGUGUCCUAUUGCCUAGUAAAACCCGCCAUUAAAUAUCGUCAGUUUACCUAUCGUGGAAUUGGACCUCUAUGUACUCUAAAUUCACCAAGGGAAAAUAUAGUUCGCUUAUGCAUUCUGGA